GGACACGCACUGCGACGCUCUGAGGGUCUCCGACGUCCUCUGCAUCCUUCCCGCGCCGAGUCACCUGUCUCCAUGGAGGGCGCGGAGGCCAGGGCGCGCGCCAGUUUCGGUGCCUGGGACUACGGCGUGUUCGCGACCAUGCUGCUCGUGUCCACGGGCAUCGGGCUGUGGGUCGGCCUGGCCCGCGGCGGCCAGCGCAGCGCCGACGACUUCUUCACUGGGGGCCGGCAGCUGGCAGCUGUGCCAGUGGGGCUGUCGCUGGCCGCCAGCUUCAUGUCCGCUGUGCAGGUGCUCGGGGUCCCCGCCGAGGCAGCGCGCUAUGGCCUCAAAUUCCUGUGGAUGUGCGCCGGCCAGCUGCUCAACUCGCUGCUCACCGCCUUUCUUUUCUUGCCGAUCUUCUACCGCCUGGGCCUCACCAGCACCUACCAGUACCUAGAACUGCGCUUCAGCCGAGAGGUGCGGCUCUGCGGGACGCUGCAGUACCUGGUGGCCACGAUGCUGUACACAGGCAUCGUGAUCUACGCUCCUGCUCUCAUUCUGAACCAAGUGACCGGGUUGGACAUCUGGGCGUCACUCCUGUCCACGGGAAUCAUCUGCACCUUGUACACCACCGUGGGUGGUAUGAAGGCUGUGGUCUGGACCGAUGUGUUCCAGGUUGUGGUGAUGCUCCUCGGCUUCUGGGUGAUCCUGGCCCGAGGCGCCAUGCUCAUGGGGGGGCCCCGGAACGUGCUCAGUCUCGCUCAGAACCAUUCUCGGAUCAACCUGAUGGACUUCGACCCUGAUCCUCGGAGACGCUACACCUUGUGGACUUUCAUAGUAGGUGGCACGAUGGUGUGGCUUUCCAUGUAUGGUGUGAACCAAGCCCAGGUACAGCGCUAUGUGGCCUGCCACACGGAGAGAAAGGCCAAGCUGGCCCUGCUUGUCAACCAGCUGGGCCUCUUCCUGAUUGUGGCCAGUGCGGCUUGCUGUGGCAUAGUCAUGUUUGCUUACUACAAAGACUGCGACCCCCUCCUCACAGGCCGCAUCUCAGCUCCCGACCAGUACAUGCCGUUGCUCGUGUUGGACAUCUUUGAGGACCUCCCUGGAGUCCCCGGGCUCUUUCUGGCCUGUGCCUACAGUGGAACCCUCAGCACCGCGUCCACCAGCAUCAACGCCAUGGCAGCCGUCACCGUGGAAGACCUCGUCAAGCCAAGGAUGCCUCACCUGGCACCUCGAAAGCUAGUUUUCAUCUCUAAAGGGCUCUCAUUCAUCUAUGGCUCAGCCUGCCUUACCGUGGCUGCUCUGUCCUCCCUGCUGGGAGGCGGUGUGCUCCAGGGCUCCUUCACCGUGAUGGGUGUCAUUAGUGGACCUCUGCUAGGAGCCUUCACGCUGGGCGUGCUGCUCCCAGCCUGCAACACUCCGGGCGUCCUCUCCGGACUGGCAGCAGGCUUGGCUGUAUCCCUGUGGGUGGCCGUGGGUGCCACACUGUACCCGCCUGGAGAGCAGACCAUGGGGGUGCUACCUACCUCAGCCUUCGGCUGCACCAACGCCUCGGCUCUCCUGGGCCCCUCCGGAGCCACCAAUGCCUCCAGCGGGAUCCCCAGCUCUGAAAUGGACGAGCGCCGCCCUGCGCUCGCAGACACCUUCUACGCCAUUUCCUAUCUGUAUUACGGGGCUCUGGGGACACUGACCACUGUGCUUUGCGGCGCUCUUAUCAGCUAUCUAACCGGCCCCACCAAACGUAGCUCUCUGGACCCUGGACUGCUGUGGUGGGACCUCGCUCGGCAGACAGCAUCUGUGGCCCCAAAGGAGGACACCAUCACCCUGGAGGACAGCCUUAUGAAGGGUCCGGAAGACAUCCCUGCUGCGACCAAGAAGCCCCUUGGCCUCCGGCCAGGCGACGAGGCCCACCCGCUGUCCCCGGGGCGCGAUCUGGAGACCAACCUCUGAGGGCAGUGCCCCAGACGACAACAGCAGGCCGCGGGCCAGCAGCUUCCUCCCUGGUUGGCUGGACACGAGUGUGAAAUAAGCUUGACUGACACAGGCCCCGCCCCUGCCGUCCCUGCGUUUCCCACCCGCACCCAAACCAGGAGG